AUGGGGCAGUAUGAAAAUGACGUGCAAUGCUUGUUGCUGUCAGCAUCAGAUAGAAGCUUGACCGUUUACGAUGCUACUACACUGACGCACACUGCCACAUUCUGCAUUACUGGUCUGCCUAGUAUACCGACAUGCCUAGCCUAUUCCAACUCAGAUCUGGAAGGUUCCGAGCUACUCUUCGGCACGGAGCGGGGUGAUCUGACCAGGAUUCGGUUCCUGCAGCCGAGACUGUCACUGUUUUACAGCAAGACUCCCGAUAACAUCAAUUACUACUUUUGGAUGGAGCUGUCAUCCCCCCCUCACACCACAUACAAUGCCAUCACCACAUGGCGCAAAGUCCACUCGCGCGCAGUUCGGCGCGUGGCGUACACACGAGACGGCGACAUCGUGCUGUCCUGCUCCCACGAUUCCACCGUCAGUGUUCGCUCCAGGCAUGUACCUGGGAAGCUGGAUGACUACGUCUUCAGAGUGCAAAGGGGUGUGACGUGUUUCCACGUGGUAUCUCCCCUCCACCUGCUGGCCACGGGAAGCUGCGACGGGAUCGUCCGUCUAUGGGAAACCACGCAGGCUGCACCCUUCGCGACACUCCCUACUCCGACCCUGGCUGCUGUACUGGACGUCGCUGUGAUUGCUUCUGAAGAGAUCGUGCUGGCUUACUGUAAUAACUGUACGGUGCACAUCUGGGAUAUGUACGAAGAAUGUCUGCUGCAAAGCAUCAAGUUGCGGUUCCCAUUUCUUGGAGUCCUCGGAAAGAAAGUGGAAUUUGGGGCUUUUUGCAUUCAUCCUGGUCCUACCCGCAGACCUUACGUUGAUGAUGACCUGGCUUCAAUACCACCUCUAGAAGCGACGUCUCGCCGAGGGUCCAGCGUCUACCAGGGAUCGACGGGCGGCCUGAUGCUGCAGACUGAAGCCAGGGACGACUGGCAGUCUAGAGGACUGGAGAGUGAACCGGAAUACAUCCGCUUCAACCGGCCCGAGCUGCUCCUCUCCUGCUGCGACUACGUCUGCGUGGUGCUCCUCAAGGACCAGGAGUUGGGCAGCAUCAUGCCGCCUCCAGGAGACACCCUGAGGGCUAGGAGGCCGUCCAUUUGGGAACUGCCAGAUGAUAUGCUUUCGACUCCAGGAUUGUCUCGCCGUUCACCGCGGUCUCCUCGGUCUCCGCCUGUUCCAUCUCCUAGGAUGUUAGCACCGUCAUCAGCAGAGUAUCCUACUCAAGAUCUGGAGACAUUACUCAAGAAUGCGGGUCUUGAAGGAAUAUUAGAGAAGGAUUUCGUCUUGAUGCAAGGACUGAAGCAAGAUCUGAACCGCAAACUUGCUGAAAUGGACGCUAACAAGACCAAUAUGUCGUAUGCCGUGAAUGCUGGAGCCCCAUACUUAGCCCUGAAGACCCAUGAACCUACCCCCAUGGAGCCAGUAGAUGAGAUGGUGGACGAAUACAAACGGGUUAUGAGAUUGUUUCCUGCAAUGAGUGUCACAGGAACUCCACGAGGGAGUGAGACGUCUACUCUCCAAAGAAGUUCUAGAUUAUGA